CCCUUUUUGAAUCCGAGAGAUCCGUGCUCAUUCUCGAGUAAGAACAGAGCUCCAUCGCUCGAAGGAGAAGCAAAGUAGAAAGGAAAGGAAUCAUUACCAAGCUUUUGAAAGCCAAGGAAAGCAGAUCAGCGGAGGUGUUCUGAGAACUUUCUUCUGACGAUUGGCUUUCUUACAAUCACUUUUAGAGACGAAGCAGCCGGCUUCCGGCCGCCAUCUGCCGGAGCUUUUGAGAGACUGACUAAUUUACCCACACUCCCCGGUUCAUUUUCAAAAUACACCGAGCCAGACAAGGGGCACUUUCGUCCACGUAUUUCAAUACUUCUGUGGAGUCUCAAACGCCGUCUCCAUGGUGGAAGACCAGGUCGAACUAUCCGCCGAGCACUGGCUUGCUCGCGCCAACUUCCUUCUCCCUUCUGCCCUCUCAAAGUCGCAGUCCGCCACCUCCAGCAGCGUGCGGGGCUUCGCCAGCCGCUGGAAAUCCGUUUCUACUAAACUAGACCUCAUCCCGGGAUGCCUCUCCGACCUUUCAAGCCACCCGUUUUUCGCAAAGAACGCUCUUUGCGUCGAGCAGCUUCAGUCUGUAGCUGCGACCCUAGCCGAAGUCAUUGAAUUGGCCGACCGAGCUUCUGGAGUUAACCCAUCGGUCGGAAAGCUCCAGAUGCAGAGCGACCUUGAUGUUCUGUCCGGUAAGCUUGAGCUCAAUCUCCGCGAUUGCCGACUUCUCAUCAAAUCGGGAGUUCUCGGUGAAGCCGCCGUCCCCCUGUGCCCCGACGGCGCUUCCCCCGAAUCAAAGAUCAGGGAAUUGCUAGCAAGAUUACAAAUUGGGGACGCAGAAGCGAAGAACCGCGCUGUUGAUGGGUUGCUUGAGGUGAUGCGGGAGGAUGAGAAAACUGUGGUGGCCGCUUUAGGUCGUAGCAGCAUCGCAGCACUAGUUCAGCUUCUUUCCUCCACAUCAUUAAAGAUCAGGGAGAAGGCCGCCACAGUAGUCAGUUUUCUUGCGGAAUCUGGAAAUUGCGACGGUUUGCUUGUCUCUGAAGCUGUCCUGCCACCGUUGAUAAGAGUUGUGGAAUCCGGUAGCCUUGUGGGAAGGGAGAAGGCGGUAAUAUCCUUGCAGAGGCUAUCUAUGUCUGUAGAUACGGCUAGAGCCAUAGCUGGUGAUGGGGGUAUACAGCCUUUGAUUGAGGUGUGCCAGAAUGGGGAUUCAUUUACACAACUGGCCGCUGCCGGCACCAUAAAGAACCUCUCUGCGGUGGUGGAAUUGCGACAGAGUCUCAUUGAUGAAGGAGCUAUCAGAGUCAUGAUCAAUAUUCUCAACUGUGGUGCUGUUUUGGGUGCAAAGGAGUAUGCAGCUGAGUGCUUGCAGAACUUGUCUUCUGGUUGCAAUAGCCUGAGAAAGUCAAUUGUGUCUGAGGGUGGAAUUCAAAGCCUGUUGGACUAUAUUGAUGGUCCGCUUCCACAGGAAUCAGCGGUUUCUGCUCUGAGAAAUCUUUUGGCUUCAGUCUCAACGGAUAGUCUGCCCUCUCUUGGACUUCUGCCAAGGCUAAUUCAUGUACUGAAGGAUGGAUCUUUUGGUGCGCAGCAGGCUGCAGCAUCUGCAAUAUGUAGGAUAUCUGAUUCCGUUGAAAUGAAAAGAAUGAUUUGGGAGUAUGGAUGUGUUACACUUCUUAUAAAGUUGUUGGAGGCCAAGUCCAAUGGAGUGAGGGAGGUUGCCGCGCAGGCAAUUGCUACAUUGAUGAGCUAUCGGCCAAUUUGUCAAGAUGUGAAGAAGAAUGAGAAGAGUGUACCAAGCUUGGUUCAGCUGCUUGACCCCAGUCCAGUGAAUACUUCGAAGAAGUAUGCGGUAUCCUGCCUCUUGACAUUGUCUUCCAGCACGAAGUCGAAGAAGAUAAUGAUUUCUCAUGGUGCAAUUGGGUACCUGAAGAAGCUUAAAGUGCUGGAUGUGCCCGGAUCAAAGAAGCUUUUGGAGAGACUAGAAAAGGGGAUGCUGAGAAACUUUUUUAGCAAGAAAUAGGAAAAGCUUUUUAACCUGCUGCUGUAUGAUUUCAAUGUUGAAAUUCUUAGGCCUCCAUAGUUUCACUUCCUCUGUGAAACAUUAAUGGAUGCUGAGAGCUGUGUUCUGAUCCUUGUCCUUGUAUGCUUAGUGUAUAAUUGGCCUGAUAAAUAACUUAACGCAUGUACCUCUUCUUUUAGUGUAAAUCUCUGAACUUCUUUGCCACUGUUCUCAUUUCUUAAUUUCAUUUUUUUCACCAACUUCAGCUCUUUAA